AUGAACCGCAACAGCGCCACCGGAAAUGAUGAGGACGCGACCACAAGAAGGGUUUUUCUGGAGGUGCAAAUACACGGCGAAGAACCGCACCGCUUCCUGCAACUAGAACCCCAUGUAAAUUUCAAGAACGUUCUCAAGAGCAUUCGACGGGCGGGCGAUCUCGUCUGGAAUGGACUACUGCUGCGGCCCAUGGAGACGCCGAAAUCCGUAGGGAUGCCACGUGGAUUGGCAAAUGUUGUUUUCCUGAGGCUUUUCACUCGCGGCCCUGUCACUUUUUCUCAGAAGGAGGGAGGGCGGGACAAUACACCGCAAGCACUACCUUUGUUUGUUGUCCCGGAGCCUGCAGGGAAGGCACGGUGGAACGGAGCGCCUGCGGAAGCGUCACAAACCCAUGUUUUUGCAGGCGACCAUACCGCGACUGACGUCGCUGGCUCAGACGAGACGCGGGCCCCAGAGAGAAGCAGGGAGGUUAUCGGCGCGCUCGAAAUUCGCUUGCGAGAACUUCGGCUUGAGCUAGAGGAGGAGCGUGGAAAGCGGGAGGCGCUAGAAAGGGAAUUUUGCCGACUCAAAUGGGAGAGGCGGCAGCCUCUUCACCGCAGCACCGCGGAGGAAAUUCACCGCUGGCAGAUGGAGGAGCUACGCCGGCAAAGGGGUGUGACAUGGCGGACACAGAGUCCACGUGUGGUGACUUCAAACUGA